AUGACUCAGCUGGAUACCCCUCGCAAGUCGCUCUACGUCAACGGCAUCAGACGACCUUCGCCCGCAAGAGAUGCCCAUCUCUGCUCCCCUCCUCAUGCUCAUGUCCAUCUCCAUGUGCUUACCACUCCAUCGAGCACCAUGAGGCCUGUCCCCGACAUCUCCGUCCCUAACUCCCGCAAAAUCUCCAGCGACCAUCACCACCAGCAGUGGAUCGACCCCCGCAAUACCGUCCCCACGAGCUUCUUUCUGUCCCACCGCUCGCCCGAUCUCGACUCCGAGGUCCUCUCCCCGGGAGAGCCUGAUGCAUCCCACGACAGCAUGUACGGGGUCGAAAGCCUGGCCGACACCACCAACCGGGCCAGUCUAAUGUCCUCCUGGUGCGACUCCGAACAGUCCAGUCGCAAAGCCGAUUCCGACCCUACGGGUCCGUCCGAACCGCAACAACCGCAGUCUCCCACCACCAAGUCGGACGGUGAAGAAGAGUCCGCGCCUUCGCGACCAUUCGCUCGCCGCCAUUCAACCAUAAAACCCGUGGAUUCCCUGCUUCACUCCAACCGUUCCGAGUCACCCUUGCCCAUUCCCGAUCUCCCGUCCCCGCGACCCUUCACUCCGCUGAAUUUCAGCAAUCUUGAAGAUGCGCCGUCCUUGCCGAGUAGCCCCAAAUCUAUCUCCAAUCAGUCCGCGAGAAAUCUUGACGACAUAUCCAUUGCCGACGAUAUGAGUAGUCAGGCGGUGGCAUCCGGAGAGGAGGACAAUGAGUCCCGUCCGGUCCCCGACCUCGGCUCCGACAACUCCUCUCAGUUGAUCAUGCCCAUGAUCAAGAUGCCGAGUCGGAGACCGUUUACUGACCAUGGGAAAGCAUUGGGUCGGCUGAAAUUACUCAUUGCGGGCGUGUCAGGCUCGGGGAAAACGUCCCUCCUCAAAUCCAUCGUCCAAGAAUGCGAGGAUAUCGUGCAUGUCGACUCUUUGCCUUCCAUCCCCCUCUCACUGCAAUCUCGGCACUCCCGGCCCUCGCGGUCAUCCCGGCCGCACGACAUGCCAACGGUGGUUUCGGAAAUCUACGCCAGCACCAAACCGUAUCCCCCAUGGUGGUCUGAUCUGGAAGACUCCCGGGUCCUGCGAAGAAGGAAGAGUACCGGAGAUGUGGUUCUCGAACGGAACAUCUGCUUCGUGGACACUCCGAAAACGACGUUGAGUCGUGCUGGACAGACCGACGCUGUUCUUCAGUAUAUCCGCCAGCAACUCCUCCGCGCCACCACCUCCCUUCAUUCCUUCAACCACGAUUUCCAGAACUUGCUCGCCGGUAAUGGUGGGGCUCAAGUCGAUGCAGUUCUAUACCUCAUCUCCGAAGACACUCUCCCAUCUGACAUCGACUGCAUUCGCAAGCUCUGCGACUGGACCAGCGUGGUCCCAGUCAUAUCAAAGUCAGACCUCCUCACGGCCGACCAAAUAUCCGCCUUGAAAUCCAUCUUCCAUAAUAAGGCACACGAUGCGGGGAUUUCACCCUUCCUCUUCGGCGGCUCCGGCGCCCAGAUGCCGUUUGCCGUAUCAUCUGCCAAGUCAACCGAUGAUGACGAAAUGGACGCGAGCACUCUAAUGAGUCCAGACUACGUCCAGCCGCUUGUACCUUCAGAACUACCCUUACUAGUCCAGAAACUCUUCGACCGCGAAAACAUGGCCUGGAUCCGACAUUCCACUGCCAAAAAACUCUCCCAGCGUCAGCAAGACCAAGCCACCCGACGUCAGGGCGUCCCACAAACCAGUCUCCUCUCCCUUGCCCCCGGCUCCCGUAAUCAUUCCCCGGGGUACACAAUGGCCCGCAUCUCCGAUUACACCCGACACGAAGAGAAAGAGGCCCGGCUGCACCUGGCGAAGUGGGCUUCCGACCUGCAGCAAAGCCUCCAGAACGAAAGAGAGCGGUACGCCGCGCUAGCCCGGGGCGAGCGCGCCGUCUGGCUGACCGAGCGACUGGGUGAGUGCGUCGUCGACGGAUCUCUCGUUCCCAUCACUCAAACCCCCGGCUUCUCGGGUCUACGGGGACCCGUGGACAAAGCCGGUGGAAACAGCGUCGUCGUCCGAAUGCAACAACACGGCCAGCAGGUGGGAUACCAGGUCGCCCGGAUCAGUCCGCACGACCCGCUGGGUCUCGUCCAGUGGUCCGAGGAUCUCAGACGACGCGGCUGGGCCAUUGUCCAGAUCGUGGGCAGUUUUGGAGUCGUCGGGGGUCUGGCCCUGUGGCUUGCAAAGACCUGGGGGUUUCCCUCACGCAGUCUCUCGGACUGGAAAUUCGACUGGUAUGGGGGUAGUGAUUAG